CAGGGCUGAGCAGGGCAGGCGCAGCGAGGAGCUAACUGCUGCUUCUCUCUCGUUCAUUUGUCUGCUGCCCUGAGACGCCACAGCACCUAAUAAGAGCAUGUUAUGUGUAGCAAACAUUAGGCCUGUAAGGAAGGAAAGGAGUGACGUCCCUUGACGUCCUCAGCUAGGCUGUGGUGACACAAGCAAGAGGACUAAGCCACAGGUGAGGAGAAAGGGGGGGGGGGGUCUGCUGACCCAGCAACACUCUUUCCUUCUGAGGCUUAAGAGCUAUUAGCGUAGGUGACUCAGUCCCUAAUCCUCCAUUCAAUGCCCUGUGACUGCCCCUGCUUCUGAAGGGCCAACAUGGCUACAGCUAGCUCCAGAGACAGCUUUUCAGGGCCCCAGCAUCCAAGCAUCUCACAGUUCUCCACUGACCACACUCCUGUGCAGCACUGGGCUUUUCAAUGCCCCUGACUUGAAGAGAACUCAAACUGCAGGUCAACUAGACUCUGCAAACUUCACCUGUGCUGGGGGUUCCUAGCCUGUGGGGACAGUGUAUCUUGAAUACCUGCUGCUAUGGACCAAGAGCUGAACACACAGACAAACAGGCUCAGCUGGCCGGCAUUCUGGAACCACAAAUGAGUGUGGAUGAGCAGGAGGGCAACAAAAUGGUCUGGGUGUUGUCAACACAGUCAGUAAACAAUGCACGCAGUGGGGCUGGGCCCUGAUGUGGAGCUAGGUGGGGUUGGCUCUCCUUGGAAACCUGAAGGGAGAAGGAGAGGGAGCGAGAUGAUGAGGUUUAUCAGCCUGCAGAGGCAGGGGGUCAGGAAGGAGUGCCACUGUACUGACCCAGGACCUCUGUGGGACAUCAAGCCAUGCCAAGGAGCCAUGGAGCCUCGAUUGCACUGGCAGGGACAGGUUGUGAUGCCCCAGAGUCCCCAGACCCAGCAAACAGAGGCCCAGAGUGGGAAGUGGAGCUUUCCAGGGUAUCGGGGUGACUCAGAGACACAGGGUAGAAUCUGCCUUGGGUGCUCACUGCCCUAUCUGAGUCCACAUGGCUCAGUCCCCAGGCCCUGUUCUCUAGUGACUGUUGCUUUGAUGAGGUAGAGACAGGCAGCCCUCUUCUAAGAACUAUGUUUUGAUGGGGGACUCAGAGUUGGGGUGGGGUGGCAAUGAAAUUCUGUAGACUGUGUGGUUAUAACCCUGGCUGUUACUAGCUAGUUCUGUGACCUUGGUGACCCACUUCAGACUCUAGGCCUCAGCCUCUGUAAGUGCAGAUACACAGCGCCAAUCAGCCGAUGACUUCUAACAAUACUCUUAACUCACACAGAGCUUGUCUCACUGAGCCAACACCCUGUACCCUCAGCUCAGUGACGGCUUUCAACCUGUGGGGCUGCCUCUGUUACCCAAGUGAGAGAGGGCCAGUGCUCCCAGAGGUGACCUUGUUUGCCCAUUCUCUCCCUGGGUCAGCCAGUGUUUAUCUGUUGUAUACCCAGUCCACCCUGCAGGCUCACAUCAGAGCCUAGGAGAUGGCUAGUGUCCCCGCGGAGACCACGAUGAAGCUUCCCAGCUGUCUCAAGCACAAGCUGGCUGCAGAGGCUGCUGAGGCACUGCUAGCUGGGGAUGGGGGCAGGGUAGAUCUGGGGCUGACCACCAGGGUCAGAAUCAGAACCUCCACCUUGACCUCAUUAACGCUGGUCUUAAUCACCAAGCCAAGCUCCUUAAACUGCUAGUGGCCAACUCCCAGGCCCUGACACACAUACCUGCCCUGUGUUCCCAAACAAGACACCUGCAUGGAAGGAAGGGGGUUGCUUUUCUAAGCAAACAUCUAGGAAUCCCGGGUGCAGUGUGAGGAGACUAGGCGAGGGAGUACUUUAAGGGCCUCAAGGCUCAGAGAGGAAUACUUCUUCCCUGGUUAGCCUCGUGCCUAGGCUCCAGGGUCUUUGUCCUGCCUGGAUACCUAUGUGGCAAGGGGCAUAGCAUUUCCCCCACCAUCAGCUCUUAGCUCAACCUUAUCUUCUCGGAAAGACUGCGCAGUGUAACAACACAGCAGAGACUUUUCUUUUGUCCCCUGUCUACCCCUGUAACUGCUACUCAGAAGCAUCUUUCUCACAGGGUACUGGCUUCUUGCAUCCAGAGUUUUUUGUCUCCCUCGGGCCCCCAGAAUCAAAUUCUUCCUCUGGGACUCAGUGGAUGUUUCACACACGUAUCGGCCUGACAGUCAUCCUGGAGCAUCCUACACAGGGGCCAUCACAGCUGCAUGUCAGAAAUGCUGGCCUCACAUCCUCAGACACCAGGCCUAGUGCUGGUCUUCCUCAGACUGGCGUCCCCAGCAGGCCAGUAGGAUCAUCUUUUAGCCUACAGAGUUCUGAAGCCUCAGAGCCCCAGGUCCCUGGUCAUCUUCUCUGCCCCUGAGAUUUUUCCAAGUUGUAUGCCUUCUAGGUAAGGCAAAACUUCUUACGCCCCUCCUCGUGGCCUCCAGGCCCCACAUGCUCACCUGAAUAACCUGGCAGCCUGCUCCCUCAUGCAGGGACCACGUCCUGCUGCACCCAGCAGGCCAUCCCGUCUCCAUAGCCCAUGGUCAUCCCUCCCUGGACAGGAAUGUGUCUCCUCCCCGGGCUGAGUCUUGCUCAAGCUAGAAGCACUCCGAACAGGGUUAUGGGCGCCUCCUCCAUCUCCCAAGUGGCUGGCUUAUGAAUGUUUAAUGUACAUGCGUGGUGCGGAGCCCCUUCGAGCAGCCGCAGUACUACCUGGCGGAACCAUGGCAGUUCUCCAUGCUGGCAGCGUACAUGUUCCUGCUCAUCGUGCUGGGCUUCCCCAUCAACUUCCUCACGCUCUACGUCACCGUACAGCACAAGAAGCUGCGCACACCCCUCAACUACAUCCUGCUCAACUUGGCCGUGGCUGACCUCUUCAUGGUCUUCGGAGGAUUCACCACCACCCUCUACACAUCACUCCAUGGCUACUUCGUCUUUGGGCCCACAGGCUGUAAUCUCGAGGGCUUCUUUGCCACACUUGGAGGUGAAAUCGCCCUGUGGUCCCUGGUGGUCCUGGCCAUUGAGCGCUACGUGGUGGUCUGCAAGCCGAUGAGCAACUUCCGCUUCGGGGAGAAUCACGCUAUCAUGGGUGUGGUCUUCACCUGGAUCAUGGCGUUGGCCUGUGCUGCUCCCCCACUCGUUGGCUGGUCCAGGUACAUCCCUGAGGGCAUGCAAUGUUCAUGCGGGAUUGACUACUACACACUCAAGCCUGAGGUCAACAACGAAUCCUUUGUCAUCUACAUGUUCGUGGUCCACUUCACCAUUCCUAUGAUCGUCAUCUUCUUCUGCUAUGGGCAGCUGGUCUUCACAGUCAAGGAGGCGGCUGCCCAGCAGCAGGAGUCAGCCACCACUCAGAAGGCAGAGAAGGAAGUCACCCGCAUGGUUAUCAUCAUGGUCAUCUUCUUCCUGAUCUGCUGGCUUCCCUACGCCAGUGUGGCCUUCUACAUCUUCACCCACCAGGGCUCCAACUUCGGCCCCAUCUUCAUGACUCUGCCAGCUUUCUUUGCUAAGAGCUCUUCCAUCUAUAACCCGGUCAUCUACAUCAUGUUGAACAAGCAGUUCCGGAACUGUAUGCUCACCACGCUGUGCUGCGGCAAGAAUCCACUGGGAGAUGACGACGCCUCUGCCACCGCUUCCAAGACGGAGACCAGCCAGGUGGCUCCAGCCUAAGCCUGGCCAGAGACUGUGGCUGAAAGUAGGAGUCUCCUGUCCCCACACACCCCAGCCACAGCCCCCACCAGGAGCAGCACCCGUUGGGAUGAGGUCAUGCAGGCUCCCUCAGUGUUCUUUUCUUUGUUUUUAAUGAAUUCAUGAAAGCAAAAUGAGGCUCCCCACUCAAUGGGGACAGCUUGACAAAGGGCAUCCAUCCACCAAGACCAUCCUCAACCUGGAGUCCCCAAUUCCCGGGGGGCCAGCGGGAUCUGUACCCCUCCCUCAGCUUGUCUAUCAGGAACAUGACAAGUGUCCCGGCUUAGGGCUAAAUGUCUAGGACAGAAUGGAACACAUAGUAGCUGAUUAAUAAAUGCUAGCUGGAUGAAGGGAGGAAUGAGUGACUGACUGAGUGGAUAUAUGAGUGAAGGGAUUAAUGGAAGGGAACAUGGAUGUCCUCAGGUGCCCAACCUGGCAGAUCCAGUCAUGUCUGGCUGGAAUCUAUAAGCAGUUUUACAUACCUGCCCUGGUUUUCUCUGCCCCCACCCCCACCCCAGUUGGAUCUCCCAAAUCCAGGGCCCUGAUAGAAUAUGGCUGCUUCAAAGACAGAGAGAUGAGGGGAGGGAGGGGGGAGGGAGAGAGGGAGGGAGGGAGACACAGAGAGGGAAUAUGUGUGAUGCGUGUGUAUGUGUGUAUGUGUGUGUGUAAACACUUUGUAUAUAAAGAGUACAGCUGGUAGUUAUGUUACAAGUAACACCGACUAAUAUAAUUAAUUAACCAUCCUAAUGGUCUCUGCUUGUUAGUGACUGCUUGGGAAUUAGGCAGGGCCCAAGCACUCAGAUAAGGUAUUUCCCUCAGCCUCAGUAGGCUUUUGCAAAUGACCCAGGCCUUCAGGCCUGUGCAGGGCUAGAGCUGGAUUACAGAGAUAAAUGACAGUGACAGCAACGUGAGCUGCAGCCCUUAGGACUGAGAAAGCAUCGAGACCAGGGGUCUCCGGCAAGGCCUAGGUCCUCCCUUCAGUAUGGAAACCUUGCCUCAUGUCUCUCAGCCUCCUUGGCCUGUGGAGAUCCAGCCCUUCCUCUUGGCUUCUGGAUACAUUUGCUCUUCUACACCAGCAACCAAGUGGCAACAGUUCCAGGCCAGUAUGGAGUUUUAGAAGCCAUGCCAAUAUGCCCACCUUCAGGGAGCAGCUGAGUCCUUGAUGCCACCCUUGUUCUGAAGAGUUCAGAAACACAGUGCAAGACAUGACCAGGCCUCAUCCUUAGGAUGCUCAUGGAUCCAGUUCUUAGCUCCCUUGUUGGAUAUGCUGUUUUCCUUGGCCUUUGGUCUUUUCUUUAUCCCAGAGGGUUUUGGCUUUAAGGCCAACAGGAACUAUGGGGUACCAGAAUUGAGCAGCCUCAGUCUGCAUCCCUCCUCUAUAGAACCACAGCUGGGCCCUCAGCAGGCCCAACUCUGCAUGGGGACAGAGGCAUUAAAAGCUCAGCUCCUACACUUGGUGGCAGUGGUGGUCUGUUGCUCUCAAGCUCUUUCAAAAUGGAUGGAAACUGGGACGCUUCCCUGACCCCUGGUUAUGAAAGACUAGACUGUGUGGGGACAAACAGUCCAGAGUCCCGGGGAAUGUGAUAGAGCAGCUCCAUCAUUUUUAGAAACCCAAUUUGAGGCAGUAUAGAGAGAUGGUGACCUCUAUAAGCCUCUGUAUCUGCAAAGAGGAGCUUAGACCUGCCCUUGAGGGGAUUAUAUGAGAUUUAAGGGACUUAUGUGGCCAGCCUACUUCCUGGCAUGCUGAAGACAUUGGCACACUCUGGUAUUCUAGACCUUGGCUCAGAGCUGCCUUUACUAGGAUACUGUCACUUAGCAAAAGAAUGGGAUGGAGCCUCAGAUGUGGAGUGACACCAUCUUCCAAGAAGGAAAGGGUGCCAGGGUCUGGGAUGAAAGCCCUUUGGUGCUAUGUUGGGCAAGGGCGAGUGCCAGCAAGGGGUUAUUUGCUUGCUCUCUCCAUCAGUGAUGAGGUUCCAUUUGGUCACAAGAAAUUCACCCCAAUUGCUGAAACAGAGGCUGACUAUUGGCUUAUAGGCAUGAAACCCCACUCCCCUCCACUUCAGGCUGGCUAGAUUAAAAGCUCAGACCUGUGACCCCUUGUGUCUCUCUUCUGUGUUGACUUCACUCACAGGCCUAACCUCAGAGGUGUCUGUAGCAGUCCCAGGGCCAGACACCCUUCCAGAAAGGGGCUUUCCUUCCCUUUAUAAUCGUGGUGACAGGUCAGAUUCUUAUUGGGCAGACCUAAGUUACCUGAUUAUCCUUAAGCCAAUCAUCAUGUCUAAGACAGAGAUUCAUUUGAUUGGCCAGGGCUGAGUCACUUGUUUACCUCUAAGUCAAUCAACAGGCCUGAGAUGGAGAGUCAUCUUCUGAUUAGCUAGACCUGGGUCACCUGAUCACCUCUAAGCCAACCACUAUGUCUGAUAUAGGGCUCCCUCAUUUGUAAUGUGUUCCCACACUACAAGAUAAAGUUGACUCCACAUAGUUAAGGAGCCUGUAGGAUGUGUUCCCCAAAAGCAAACAGGGGAACAGGAUCAGGACCAGCCCUGAGGGGUGGGGACUGGGAUGUGCUAGACAAGGCUCCGGGGUGUCAUGGAUGAAGGGGAUUCCAUGGCUGCCACACCUCUGGUUGUCUCUCAUGCUUUAUGGGCCAGGAGUGCCUGUUGGAAGGCUACUUUAGCUGCCUGGCCUUGACCUCCCUCACUCCUCCAUGCCCAGUUCACUUGUCCUGUGGGGUGUCAUCUUUACUCCUGCCUUCUCCUGCCCGGGAAAAAUAACCCUUUAGAACCAGAAUGCUCUUGUCAGCCUCCCUCGACAGUCACUGUGAGUGUAGACAGAAGAGCUCCUGCCAUGAGCUGGGACCUGGAGUCCCCACAGGGUCACCUGCCAGGCUCCAAGCAAGCAGCCUUUGUGGAACAUACAACACACUCAGCCAAUCACAGGUCAGACAGGGCUGUCACCCCAAUAAAGAGACACCUGGGUUACCAGGUAACCUGAGGUGCCCCAGAGAAACACAGUGCCAGUCCCAGGGUAAGUCCCUAGACUACACAGGCCACAGCUCUGAGCUGAAAGUGAGAGACACCUUAGCUGGUGGAGGCUUUAUUUCUGUAUUUGUUUCCACCCACGGUCACUUUACCUCUGAGAAACAUUGAGGGUGACCCCAGAUAUAUAGGGAAUUAAAUAGGAACACAAGUCAAAUAUCUACUGAUAAUCAUAAAGAAACCUAAUGUGAAGUAAGUCUUUGAUAUAUAUAUGCAAUUUUACAAUUGAUUAAAGAUGAAAAUAAAUUUGCAUUCUAAUGA